AUGCCAACACUGGAACUGGCAAAAGCCUCCAAUACGACCUUUCGACCUUCUUACGUUCCUGUGGCCAUCUUUGUUGGUGGGACCUCUGGCAUUGGACAAUCUAUGGCAGAGGCAUUCGCACAAUACGUUGGAGGCAAGGCUCACAUCAUUAUCAUUGGCCGGAACGAACGUGCUGCCGAAGAAAUCAUCUCCCGCUUCCCUGCUAGCACCGGGUACACCCACGAAUUCCUUCCCUGUGACCUUCGUUUGAUGGCGAACGUCCGCGCUGUUUGCGUUGAGAUUCGUCAAAAGGUCGACAGGGUCAACUUUCUCGUUCUGACCGCAGGUUAUGCGUCAAUGGUCACCGUCCCUCUGACUGCGGAAGGGUUGGAUUUGCAUUUAGCCAUGCGAUUUUAUCAGCGCUUCGUCUUCAUCAAAGAACUUCUUCCCUUGCUCCAAAGAGCAAAAUCUUUGAACCAAGACGCCCAAGCUAUGUCCGUCCUCGGUGCUGGUCGGGGCAGUCCUUCGCGCCCCAUUGAGCUCCAUAAUCUUGGCAACACCGUGACUGCCCGGGUUGGACGUCUGGGCGUCGCAAUGCGGGGGCUAAUCAUGAGUUCCAACUAUACUGACGCUAUGAUGGGGUAUUUCGCAUCACGCAACCCCACCAUCGCGUUUACUCAUAUCCAUCCUGGUAUCGUAAGCACUCCAGGGAUGCGCAAUGCUGUGGAUUUUGAUGGCAUCCUGACCCCUAUUACUUGGAUACUCAAUUGGGUCCUUCCUUGGUUUGCAGUUUCACCGGCCGUUUGUGCAGAACACAUGCUAUACGCGCUUCUUCCCAACGAAGAAACCGCCCAAGGCGGAAUUUUUCUUCGAAAUCAUAAUGGAGACGUCGUCAGUUAUCGGCGUUUCGAUGAGGUCGUCGAGCUAGGGGACAGUGAUGCAACGGGUGUUCUCGAUGGGACCUCGUUGACGGGAUAUGGAGCCUCUGACCAAGCGAUCCAUGCGGUCGUUACCCACACGGAGAAGGUUACCGCCUCCUCAUUUGACAUCGAUUGA